AUGCUGGCCAAGCUCAAGCUAGUGGUGAUGACCAAGGGAGUGGCCAGCGGUCAGUUGGUCAAAGUGGAAAGAGCACUUCCAGCCAUUCGUCCUGUCGCUUCUGUGCCUUACAUUCCUACCACCACGCUUACUCCCGUUGUCUCUACACCAGUUGCGCCUCCAAGCUCGCAGGCAUCACCUGGGUCUCCCGAGACGACGGAUGAUGAUGUCGAGCCACCAACUUCCUGGGGCCUGCGGAAGCUUUGA